AUGGAGGUAAGAAAAAUAUUUUGUAGGUGAGCUAUGUCACAAUGGAUCAAUGUCAGUAUUUCAGCAACUGCCCACCCUACCCCUCCCUUAACCCAACAACAGUGAACUGAUAAUAAGUUAGGGAUAAUUUUGGGUUAGGAGAGGGGUCGGUGCAUAGGUGUUCAGAUACUGGCAUUGUUCCGUUACAAUACUAUGAGUCAUUUCUUUGGGCACAGAAAAUUGGCUCCUACGAAAAUGACACCCUAAAAUAAUUGGUUUUUGGAACAGAAAAACGUAUAGCUAGAUGUCAGUAAUGUUAUUCAGUUGAAGCCCACAUAAUGGAGUUCUUUAGUAAUAUAGGGUACAGAUUAAAUAGGCUUGCGCAAAGAGCAAUCAUGUACUGCGCGCCUUGCUUGAGAUGUGAACGCGUCAAUGCCGCGCGCGAGGGAAAGAUAGAGGAGGGGCUUCUCGCUUAGGCUCGCGGGGGAAGCAACUAGGCAUCGAUUUAAGAAGCUAGGUCUCUGUAUUCUGUCUCGAUAAGCACUUUCUUGAUAAUGAAUCUUUCCGCAGUGCCAUAUUUAAGAUUUUGGGCACGAUUUCGCAGUAGAUAACAAAGCCACAGAAUCAAGGAAGAAUUAGCUCUAAACUAAACCAGUUUGAUUUAUAAACCCUUUCGUUGCAGAUUCUCCGGCCUAAGAAAGCGGAACAAGUAGCCACCAAAGUGUUGAACAAGCUAAUAUCUGACGAAAACAAACAUAGGCCUGUGGUAGUCCAUGGCUUUUCAGUUGGAGGCUAUGUUUAUAGCCACGUUCUUAACUUAAUGGUAAAGCAAGAUAGGUUCUCGUCGGUGAAGGAAAGAAUCCGCGGACAAGUGCUCGACAGCCCGGUGGACUUCCACGGGAUUCCUUACGGUGUUUCCAACGCAGCCUCCGAAAAUCCCUUCGUUCGUUGGUUGAUGAAAUCGUCCAUUGAGGCGUACUUGGCGAUCUUUGCAAGAUACACGACCAAAGUUUACUUGGCGCAUUCACACUUGUUCCACAACAACCCCGUCCGUUCACCGGCCUUGUUUUUGUUCUCUAAGGACGAUAAAGUCGCUGAUGUGGACACGUGCCAAGCAUGCGCAGAUUACUGGAAGAAUGAACUGAACAUGAUUGUGAGUCAGCAAUGUUUCGAGAGUUCACCGCAUGUUUCUCACUUUUACGUCCACAACAAGGAAUACACUGAGGCGGUGAAGAAAUUUCUCAGGGAUCUAAAUAUACCAGUUGUGACCCUUUAGAGUUGUGGGACCUGUAGCUUCGUGCUUUUGAUUGAACGAUUGCGAAAAAAGGGGAUAUGUCACAUGGAGCUCUUUCUACAGUAUGGAUCCGAUUGGGGAGAAAAGGCUUGGCCUAGAUAUUAAACCUCGGUGACAUCUUGUAAUUUGACACGAACGAAAUAAGCGAGUGUACAGCUUAUCUAUAGCCUAACUGAGAUCGAAUGAUUUGUCAGAGGGAUGUAUUCGCCCCAGUCUUGUCACGUUGGUGAACGUUUAUUAUCAAAACUAUUUAGCUGAUGAUGAAAUAAAUACUAUAUGACCGUG